CAGAGUAUCAAGAUUUCUAAAUAAUCGUCUAAGAGCAUAUUAUUAAAAUCGUAAAUGCAUAAUUACCAUCUGGUCAAUUCAGUAAUGUUACUAUGCGUAUUUACAGUUGUUUGUUCGAAACUAUCAUGACGUCACCAUAACUCUGCUUCUGCGGGGAGCGAGGGACGCCGAGACACGAAAGAGGGGUGGGUUAGGAAGUUUCAGAAUGGUUUACUAGACGUUGUGUGUCAGGUGUCUUAGUAACAUGUAUGUCCAAAUCAUGUGGCACACGUGCCAUUUUGGCCACAUUCAUUGUAAAUUCGCUGCACCGUCUUUCGUUUCUUUGGUGAAUUAAUUGAUCGACGUUUUGUAGUUGUCAUAAUAUCCAAUCUAAAUUUUCUUUUGAUUCUGUUAGUUUCUCGAUUUUGUCCAUUCCAGAAUACCCCUCUCAUAAUUUUUUUUGUACGCAUCCAGUAUAGUCUAAAGUCAACUUUAUUUUAUUAAUUGAAACUGUUGUGUGUGUUUUUUUUUAAAGUCAUUGUAUUUCUCGAGACCACUUUAAUUAUAUUGUUCGCAUCUCUUAUCUCUUCACUGCUUUAUUGAUCUAUAAUCUUUGUAGAUGUUAAGUUCAUUAUGUUUCGGCACCAUGGUUGUGUUGAUCUUUUGAUCGCUUUAUUCUCGAGCUGCCGGUAGAGAUCAAUAUGGACAUUCAAAAAGUGCCCUAAAUUUGUCACUUGCUUUCUUGACUCUUUUCGGUUUUUUUAAAUGCACAUAUAUUUAGCUUUUUACGCUGAUGUUGAGUGCCAUAUGGACAAGCUCAUUUGACAUUGAGCACACAUUUUUCUUGUGACAUCUGGGGUUACAAAAAAAGGUCAAAAACCUCAUUUCCUGCAAUGUCACAAAAUUAAGUUUGCUAACUGGGCAACACAUCAAGGCUCUCCUAUUGGCUGUGACUGACUUCAAUAGCGCUUUUAGAAUGUCAGACUGGAAGCUGCUGUCAUUUUACACAACAAACACAGGAUCACCAUUCCAUCUUGAGGAUAUAGGAAAUAGUGACUUUCGUGAUGUAGAACCGAUUACUAAUGGCACUGAUAUUCCAGCAGCACAAGAACUGUUUUGUACAGACAGCAACAUUGGUAGCUGUGUGGCCUACCUUAAUCAGGAGCUCCAGCUACUAGGCAUGUCCUCCAUUGCCUUCGAUAAAAAGGGGCAACCUGACACAGUCUGCAUUUUGAACAGAACUUACGACUUAUUUCAACUGUAUCAGCAUCUUUUUAGCACAAGAGAUGACUUAGAGAAUAGAAUUCAACGUCUUAACAGUGAUUGCAAUCACCAGAAGUCAUGUGUAGCAAGAGCAAAUCGACAGCAUCAAGCAUUAGACAAGGCACUGGCCCAGGAAACAGAAAAAUUACGGCAACUGACGUCACAGCAUAAAGUGAUCUCUUGUAAGCUGAAGACGGAGAAGGAAGAGGUGAAGUGCUUGCAGUCCAUCAUGCACCAUAAGGAUUUGCAAUUUAAGCAUGAACUGAAGAAAAAAGAGCGAGAGAUGAACAGACUGAAGGAUCGGCUGCACCAAUUGUUGAUGGAUAAAAACCAAGAUCGAAAAAUUGGCAUGGAUUUAAUGCAUCCAGUUCAAAACUUAGAUGGCCGGCGCAGCCAGUGGAAAACUGGAUUGAGCAAACAAGAGGAAGAAAUGUAUCAGCUUCUGAUACAUAAUUAUGAGGUCAGACACCAAGAACUUCUGCUGGAAAAUACUGAACUUCGUAACUCCCUACUCAUCCUGCAUCAAGAAUUGACUACUGUGUUGAAACUCACUGAAGAGUUUACACCCGCCAGAGACAGGGAAGCAUUAAAUACUCCUAACCAUUCGUUACUGAAUAUGGAGAAUGAUGAGGAGUGUGAAGAGAUUAAAGAGUCCAACUGUACUGUUUCUGGAUUACAUGCAGGUUGUUAUCAAAUGCCUUAUGACUUGAUGCGCCAAGAGAUAGAGCAAGCAUUCAAGAAAACCUGCAGGAUGAUAUGUCAAAGAAUCAAGGAUGCACAGGAAAAAAAGUCUGAAGGCACCAACAUCAAACCCAAAACACCCGCAUCAUUGGAUGAAGAGUCUACAUUUCAGCUGGAGCACCUCAAGUCAAAGAUAGCAAAAUACAAAGAUAUCAUACAACAGCAAGAGCACUUGAUACAGCAGUUUUCCAAGACAAACUCAGGUUCUGCCUUUCAGGAGUCUCACUUGUUACAUGAAAAGAACAUGCUUGAAAGACAGAAGAAGCUCUUUCUCGAAGAGAAGACACAUUUUGAGGAGGAGAAGAGGCUUUUUACUGAGGCUGCAGUAAAACUUGCCCAAGAGAGGCAAGCAGUUCAAGAUGAAAGGAUAAAACUUCUUAAAGGCCACUUUUUUUCUCCUCGAGAAACACAAACACCCAACAAAAUAUUGCAGAAAGAGGGAGGAGUGAGACUUCUGCCUCCAACACCUAAUGCUUCUCCAGUGCAUGACGAAAAAAUUCAUAUGCGAACUGCAGAACAGUUGUUACGAGCUCUUGGGAUUACAGAUCUGCCGAGGUUAGAAAAAAGCAGGUUGUCUGUGUCACCUCUACCUAGAGGAACUUAUGAUUCUCCAGCAGCAUCAAGAACAGCAGCCCCAACAGAAAGUGGUAUUAAGAAGAUACUGUUUCCUUCCACAGCAUCAGUAGAAAUGGAACCUUCUGAAAAAGACUGACACUCAUUGAGUUGGUUGCUAUAAUCAUCAUGGUUUUAAGUUAGCACCAUUAGUGUGUUCUUAGUGAUAAAGAAACAUUCUUUAACACACUCUUUCUCUGCAAUACUUGCUUGAAAAUUCUCAUCUUUCAAAUAUUCUUCUUGAUUUUAUUGUUUAUAAAUAUUUAUGGUAACAAGCCAUUUGAGCAUAAUGCCCACCUUUAAGCACAUGAACUUAGUUCAUGCCAUUUCCAACAGGUAGUGCUACUAAAUCUGGUGUUCAGAGUGUCAUCAUUUUGCUAAUAAUAUAGUUUUAUCUCACAGUUGAUGGUGUUUGGAGUCCUAUAUUCAAAAAAUACUUUCAAAUAGCUGAAAAAGGGCCCCUGCAAAGUAAUAAAAGAGCUAUGGAGCACUUGCAGGGAUAGAAAAUGCUUUAGUAUGAGACAGGCAGAGGUGGUUAAAGUAUGUAGUUUAAAGUGGAAAAUAUAUAGUUUAAAGUGGAAGAUAUAUUUGGAUUUAUUCUCAUUUAUUGGCAAGUGCUGCCUUGUGCUUCAUUGUUGUAUAUCUGAUCAUCUCCCAGAGUUUUAUUGUGAGUUGUAACACUGUAUGUUGGCAUUAUAUGAAGUCCUUUUUUAUGUUUGAAGGUAUCUUUAAAACCUGAUUUAAUAUUUAUAAAUGAUAUAAAGAUGAAUUCAAGCAUCUUACACACAUCUUAAAGAUGAUUAUCAAAUGGCUGCAGUUAAACAUAAUCAGGGUAUGGAUGUCAUUUUUGCAGCCUUUACUUCUAUUUAAAAAAACAUUCAGUGUGAGUGCAAUGUUUUCAGCUGGGUUUCAUUUCUGUGCCAUGUUUAAUACCUUCAUAGUGUUUAAUGUUCAUUUACUUAAUACUGCUAACUGCCGAUGGUGGCUGUCUUACAUAUACUGCAUUCAGGUCUGCAGAUUUAUGUCAUAAUAAGAAAUGCUACUCCCUCACUGUCUGGGCUGGAAUGUGGGAUCAGUAGCCCUUGGUAAAACAGUGACCAUAGUGUUGAUGGUACUACUCACAAGUUCCAAAGCAUUGAUAAAUAAAUUUUUAAUUAAAUUCUCUUUUAAACGUAAAAAAUCAAUUUUUUUCUCAAAUAGAAAACCUUUCAGCAUUUGGCCAUCACUGAUGAGAAAAAAACAAGAGUUUCUCAGAAAAUAACAUUGAAAAUGGAGGCAUUGAGGCUGCAUCAUAAAGAAAUUCAGUGUGAAAGUUUGAGACUUGGUAAAUGUGGGAAAAAAUAAGUACUUCCACACUCUGUGCUCUGCGCUAAAGAAACAAAGCAUUCUGAGUACAAGUUGAAGGCAGGAUGUUGGAUGCUUGAAGUGAUCAUUAUUACUUUCAUAAAAGAGCUGAAUCUCAUUUUAUAUGGCUUUUAUUGUAUUGCAGUUAUUCCCAUCUCCUCUGUCUUUUAUGUUGAUACAUAUCCUUUGUAUUACUGCCACUUUUGGUCUUAGUCUUUUAUUUUAUUGAUUUGUUUAUUACUGUAUAGGAGAGUAGGAUCAUUCUUGCAAUUUUUAGUAUGUUUUCUACUUUUUAUAGAAGCACUAGCUACAUAUGUAAAAAAAAACUGACACAAGUAUGCAUUAGAUUUUAAAAAAACUUUUGAGCACUGUUAGACUAUAUCAACUUUCUGUUAAGGUAUUACUUAUAAUUUCCUUAGCCUUUCAUCAUCAAGGACAAUAAAACAUUUUUUUUCUCAGCUUUUACUUAAACAUCAAAAGUGUUCUUAAUCUCUAUGCUCUGUUCUUAUGAGCUUGUUUUUAAAUGUCAGAAUUGUAUUAUUUGUUCAAGUUUCAUAAUCUUAUUUUCUAGAAAUCUCAUUAAUUUAACUAUUUUUGGUACUAUAGAAAAGCAGUCAGUCUUCAUGGCCAGUGCAUGAGUUUUCCAAGCCCACUGAUGAAAUUUACUGACAUUUUGUAUGCCAUUUCAUGCAAAGGCCCGACUACUUUAAAUGGAAUAAAAGGAGUAUUUCAAGAAAUGCUGCAUAGAUUUUAAACAUCCUGUGAAUUAGUAAAGAUUAUAUGGUUUAAGUGAUAAAUAAAAGAAUAUUUGAUACUCUAUAAAUUUGUCAGUGAGCUUGGAUGCUGUCAGUUUAUGCGGUUAUCUUUAUUUUGCUUUAUCAGGCAUGCUUUAAAAUCUGCAUGAUCUUUUCAUACUUAUAAAAUCUCUAGAGUUAACUCAUUCUAAUUUAGGAUAACCAAAAUGUACAUAAAUAAGUAGGGUCUGAGCAUUUAAAGAGUUUUGCUUUCUUGCGUAAGUUAAAUACUUAAAUGUAAAAUACACAGACUAGAUUUAGGAGUAUAAAACAAAUUAGGAGUUAUUGUCAAUUUUUGGUACUUAUGGUUCAAUCUAUGAGUAAUUAUUUAGAUUAUUGAAGGGUAUUGUUUUUAUCACUCUUUGGUCUUUAAAAUCUUUUAUGACAUAUUGUCAUCUGAUGUUUUAAGUUAGACAUUAAUCCUAAUCUUCCUCCUUCCUCACCAUGUCCAUCCUUCUCCUCAUCAAUCUUUGUCAAUCAUGCACUUGUUUCACUCAUUUGUCCAUCCUCCCUUUCUCAGUCUUGAUCUGUCAUCACUUUUUUCAUCCUCAAAUUUAUGUUGGUGGUAACAUUACUUUAAAAAUCACUGUUUUAAGUUCACCAACAAUUUUCACUUGUGUUAAUAGCAAGUCAGGUGUUGUGCUGUUUCAGGAAUUUUACACCCAAAAUACUUAUGGCAUUGUUUAUGUUUCAGUUUCUUUGUUUAUAGAAAAAGUAUUUAUAGAACAUAUCAUGAUGAAAUAAGUGAAUUAUUUGCAGUGUUGUGCAAGUUGUUGUUAGCAGGACUAGGUGUGUACGUUGACUUAUUCUCUUUUGGAAAAUGUUAUCUGCACAAGUCAAAUCUGAUUUUUAAAUCAUUCCCCAUCCACAAACACCUUCAUUUAUUAAUAAUUAUUAAUAAAAUGUGGGACUGUGAUUUUACUUUGCCAGCAUGUCACUGGCAAACUUGUAAAACCUUUAUUUACAUAUCAAAGAAAGAACAUUCCCUCUGUUAAAUUGUUAUGUUCUCGCAUGGGUAUGGAAACAAUGCUGGUCUGAUAGAAGUGAUACACAGAAAACUUGUCAUUUUGUAUAUUUAUAUUCAGGAUGCAUGUAUCUUAUUAGGGUGUGUCAUUGCAGCAGAUGUGUAUGUGUGUAUGUGCAGCUGCGCAUGUUUUCAAACACUGCCAUUGCAGUUAUUACUGUUUAUAAUAAAUGACCCUUGCCCAUUCAGUUGAUAUAUUUCUUACAAACAUGCACGAGUUUACAUCAUUGUUGUGAUCUAUGCAAAGCUCUUGCAGCAAUAAAUGAUGACAAAAUG